AUGAGGCCAAAAGUCCUCGAGAUAGCCUGGCACGAGACGCAGGCAAUCUACUCGUGCGACUUUCAGCCGCUGCCGGUUAGCCAGUUGAAGCGCCUCCUUCCCGCGACCAUAGAGGAGGAAGAGCGCUCCGAGAAACCACCAGCUGCCGCACCAGCCCGCGCAUACCGCUUUGCAACAUGCGGCGGUGACUUCAAGGUCCGGCUCUGGAUGAUCCACCCCAAUAUCCCAACGGUUAACGCGGCUACGCACGCGGCCCUCACAGGACAAGAGGUCGCACCCCAUCCACCACGUGUCGAGUACCUCGCCACACUGUCCAAGCACACGGCAGCGGUCAACGUCGUGCGCUUCUCGCCUAGCGGCCAGAUGCUCGCUUCGGCUAGUGACGACGGAAAUGUCAUCCUCUGGGUCGCGUCUGACAGGCCGACGACUACGUUUGGUGAGACGCCCGAGGAGACGCCGGAUAAGGAGCACUGGCGUCCUCAGAAGAUGCUCCAGGUCACAAACAAGCACGUUAUGGACCUUGCCUGGUCACCCGAUGGCGACUUCUUCAUUGCCGGCUCGACGGACAACACUGCGACCAUCUGGAAGGCCUCGACGGGAGAAUGUGUGUUUGCCCUGCGCGAGCACGCGCACAUUGUCCAGGGCGUGAACUGGGACCCGCUCAACGAGUACAUCGCGACGCAGAGCAGCGACCGUGCGGUCCAUGUCAAUACGUUCUCGUUCCGUAAUGGUGUGGCCGACGUGCACCCCGUCUCGCGUCCUUCACGCAUGGAGAUUCGCCAUUCGAGGACGCCCUCGAUCCCGGGAGUGUCACGCCCAUCACUGGUACGGCGAGGAUCGACGACGUCCGAGGCGGGGUCUGUCGUGACCACUGCUUCUGAAAUGACUGAGCAGCCUUCCGCUACAGCUGCAGGGGGAAGCCAGCCACAGCCUCCCCCUACUCCCAGUUCCAUCUCUGUUCCUUCGACGCCCAACACGAGCGCAAUGAACCCUCCACCACCAGGCUCUGGGCACAAGGGCACCAGCUCGCGCCGCUCUUCAUUCUCCUCCCAGGCGCCAGGGUCGCCGGCUCUUAGUGUCUCGGCCCUCGGUCGCGGGCGUUCUCCCUCGCCCAUCCCUCCAUUGCCUGCCAUGCGUGCGCCUGCUCCAGCCGUACAGUCGAUAAGCCAGCGCCUCUACGGUGACGAGAGUGUGACGCGCUUCUUCCGUCGGCUGUCCUUCUCACCUGACGGCAGCCUGCUUCUCACACCGGCAGGAUUAAUCGAGGACCAGAUAUACAAAGGAUCGCCACUGCUCGUUGCGCGCAGUUUGUCGCAUGACGGCUCGGGCUCUGAGAGCCUCACCGCGCCUUCCCCUGCUGCUCGGCCGCGAGCAAUGGACUCUGCCAAGCCAACAGUAUACAUCUACUCGCGCGCUAAUCUCGCACGCAACCCGAUCGCCCACCUUCCCGGCCACAAGACGCCAGCCGUAUGCAUCCGCUUCUCGCCUAUAUUCUACGACCUGCGGACAACGGGCACCACCUCCACCCCGAACGAGCCGAAGCAAAUCACCCUCGACGCCUCCAACCCGUCGCCUAUCCAUGUGUCCCUGUCAAUGCCACCACCUCCACCUCCCAACAAGGACAGUGAGGACAAGAGCAAGGACAGGCCCUUGGGAAGCGUCUUUGCCCUUCCGUACCGUCUCCUGUACGCUGUCGCGUGUCAGGACGCAGUGUUACUGUACGACACACAGCAGGCUGGGCCAGUCGCCAUCUUCCGCGGGCUCCAUUACGCGGGCUUCACCGACAUUGCCUGGUCUCCAGACGGCCAGGCCAUGAUGCUCUCGAGUGCGGACGGCUACUGCUCCAUUGUUGUUUUCGACCUCGGUGAGCUGGGCACCAUCCACCCGACACAACAACACCACCGUCAGCUGGCAGCAAUUGCCCUGACACAUGGUGGAGGCACCUCGGCCGCGGCGACGCCCACCCCGCACUCUCCCUCCGUAUCGACGAUGCGCGCGAGCCCCGCCCCGCCACGGAGUGAGCGCGAAUCGUCAGUAGCUUCGAGCGCGGCCGUACCCCCGCCCCUGUUCGCUCGGCAGCGCGCUCCGUCGUCAGCAAGCAGCGUGGACCAGCCGCUCCCAACACCAAGCGAGGACGAGAUGGUUGCGGCUGUGCGCCGCCCUUCGGCCGCCAACUCCGAGGCAGACGACAGCGGAAAGCGGGGAGCCGACGAGGCUGGCCAGCCGAGGAAGAAACGCCGCGUUGCGCUCCAGCACCUGGGCGCAGAGUAG